AUGUGCUGGCUGCUGGUGCCCUGAGAGGCCCUGCACCACGUGGCAGUGACCAGGGCCACUCACGGCAAUGAGACAGCUAGCGCCUACCUGGCCCGGCACUGGCUGCGGGUCCCAGGGGAGGUGCAGAGACUCAGCUUCUCCACCGUGCCUGUGCUGCUGGCCAGCCCGGUGGCCUCAGCCGCCUGCUGCCGCUACGUGGGCCAUGACCUCAGUCAUGCCUUCACCGGGUCCUUCCUAAAUGCCAGGGCCAACCCAGAUGACCCACACGAGUUGUCAAGGGCCAGAUAUCUGAACCACCUGCUGGGGCCCAAGGCCUCGGGCCGGCCUUCACUUAUCCCAGACCUUCACAACACCACGGCCUCACCUGGAAGGAGGGCACAGGGAGGCGAGUGCUCCCUCCAGGAUCUCCCCCCUCACCCGACUCCCGCCUCAUCUUCCACCCCCGAGCAGCCUGGGGCCCUGACCCGCCCCACCCCCAUCCCCCGGCUGCAGAGCCCUGAGCUCCCGGCCGGUCAUCCCGCACCAGUGGCGGGGGGAGGAGAGUCAGAGCGAGUACCCUGCGAACAAGAAGGGAAAGGCCCUGGAGCUGCGCCCCGGCCUCAAGGGUGCUGCGGGCCAACGUUUUUCACCAGGAUGAGGGUCCUGGUGGCCGCAGCUGUAGACUUCAUCGAGCUGUUCAAGAGACCCCCGGGGUCUUGCUGGGAAACUAAGGCGCAGAGAGGAGAGGGCCUGGCCCCGGCGGGACCAAGGAACCAGGCUCCCCACCGCCCACUCGGCCCUGGGCCUGGAGGGAGGGACGGGCUCACAGCCCCAGCCUCCUGCACAGGCAUGGAGAUGGAGGUAUACGGAACCGUGAGCAGCGUGGACUUCCCACGCACCGAGGCCGGGGACCUGGCCGGCCCCGUGCACCCUCAGCUGCGGGACUGAGACUUCGAGCCACUGCGACCUGGUGCACCCAUCUUCCAGAUGUUCAGUGGUGAGGACGUGCUCUGUGAGGGGGAGUCCGCCAUGGACCCUGUGUUCAUCAACGAGGUUGCCUACUACGAGGAGGGCAUUGCCUUCCUCCAGACUGAGAAGCUCACGUUCUCCGUGCCUGCCCUGCCUGCACUGGCUCCACCCCGCCAGGGUCCCUAA